AUGAUGAUUAGAAGAAGAAUAAACGACAACAGACAAGUGAAUUCUGAACCAGAAUACGAAAAAGAGAAAUUGGAUGCACCAUUAAUUAAAUCGCGUCCUCUUAAUUGGAAGUUAUUACCAGUAAUUGCCUUAUUAUGGAUCGUCUUGGUUCAUGUAUUUGAAAGAACAGUCCCUGCUAGUGUCAUAUCAAAAUGCUCUUGGGAUAAUUGGGAAGGUUGGAAAUUUCCUGAAUCGUCACAUAGGAUUGUUCUCAUUGCAGAUCCGCAAAUUGUGGAUGAUUACUCUUAUCCGAAACAAUCCAGAAUCCUUAAUUUUUUCAUCAAAAGAUUAGCUGAUAAUUAUCUUCAUAGAAAUUACGAAUUGGUAAACUCCAUCUUAGAUCAAAAUACAACCAUAUUUUUGGGUGAUUUAUUUGAUGGUGGAAGAUACUGGGACGAUGAUCAAUGGUUGGAGGAGUUUAAUAGAUUUAAUAGGGUAUUCCCAAAGAAGGAAACCCGUUUAGAUAUUAGAUCUAUUCCAGGUAAUCAUGAUAUUGGGUUUCAAACAAUUCACCCUCAUGUCUUGAAACGUUUUGCAGAACAUCACGGUCCUUCAAACGAUUAUAUUGUUUUGGGUAACCACUCAAUUGUCUUGUUUGAUUCUAUAUCAUUAUCUCAUCCUGAUACUGAAAUCAAUUCCAAACUGGAUGCAUUUUUAAGUAACAUCAAUGAAAUGAUCACCAAUGACUACCCAAGAAUUUUACUUACCCAUGUGCCUUUAUACAGGUUCCCUGACACUCAAUUGUGUGGUCCAAAGAGAGAAAAGAAAGAUAAACCAUUUCCAUUACAAAGAGGCGACCAAUACCAGACCGUUAUAGAAUAUGACAUUUCCAAAAGAAUAUUAAAUACAAUUAGACCACUGCUUAUAUUUGCCGGUGAUGACCACGACUACUGUGACAUCACACAGCCAUAUGAAAAUAACGGCUUAGCUAGAGAAAUAACAGCUAAAUCUGCAGCUAUGACGGGCGGUAUUAAACAUCCCGCAUUCCAGUUGUUGUCUUUGAAUACCAACGAUAAUGGCACAGAGACAUUUAAAACAGAAAUUUGCUACAUGCCAAAUGCUUUCCAUGGUGUGUACGCUUACUUGGCAUUCUUGAUUAUCUCCAGUAUAAUCCUUAAGAAUUCAAAACUUAUUCUUUUGAAUGUUUUGUUUGGCUUGUUUAUAGUAGAUAUGUAUCAUAGAACUAUUUAA